AUGCCCAAGAUCUCCCAGCAACAGCAGCAACAGAAUGAAGAGCGCAUUCCCCGCCCUGCUAACGCGUUCAUGAUCUUCCGUCGACACCUCUGGUACGCGGUCACGAUGGACCGGUCCUCUAUGCCCGAAGCUAGCCUCUGCCCCGAUGACAUGGCCACCUGGAACCAAUCCAGGGUCUGCAGGCUCUCCGGCGAACUGUGGAGAUCGCUCACACCUGCACGCCGAGACUUCUUCUACCGUCUCGCGAACAAAAUCGAAGCGGAACACAAGUUGAAGUAUCCCAACUACAAGUACACCCCUCGCCGCAAGCAGCCCAAGGCACAUCAGUCUCGCAAUGUGCCCCGUCCUGCUACCAUGGAGUUCGAGCCUACUGGUCAAUUCCCCUCUGUUGAUAACACUGUCGCUGCGAGCUCGCAGCAAACUUUCAAGAGGUCCCCUGCUUCGGAUGAGGCCUUCGUCUUGAACGGUUUCCACUCCGACUCUGGGUACUCCGCGACGAACGCUGCUGGCAGCCUCUCUGCGCACUCUUUCGCCCCAACCCCCGCUGAUAUGUCUCGUGGUUACACGUCCAACAUGGGUUUUGUUAUCCCUAGCGAGCCUUGGUGUUUCGCGCCUCAACCCUCCUAUCCCCCGUCCUCAUUCAUUAUUCCCAACCUCGAGGGUGGAAGCACCGAAGCCGCGCUGGAAGCAGGAACGCCCCCUGUCUUGAAAGCCAGCCCUGACUCUUCAAACCUUGAUUAUCUAAAUUACACCUUCGACAACAACAUCGAUGAUACUUGGGCGUUCCAACAAAACACCACUGUAUACCCUUACGAUCCCGACGUUGACGCGCUAUUUGGAGAUCUAUCCCAGUGUGAGCCGAACCCUGACAUGUUCUACCCACCUCAGGCUCAGGCUGUCAAUGAGCCGAACUUGUUCUAUCCACCUGUCAAUGGUUCCUAG